AUUAUGAUGAAGUUGUUCUUAGGUUGUUUUAAGUGGCUCUGAGUCUGAUGGUUUACUUUAGUAGGAAAAAAAAAGAGUGUAAUAUUAUAUGAUUUUCAAAUUGCUUAAGAUUAACAUUUUGCAUGUUGAAAUCCAUGAGUUCCUAAGCUUUUUAUCCACUGAAAUAAGUCUUUGUGACGUUUGGAAUAUUAUGGACCCACAGGAUGUUUAAAUGAACCAAGGUGAUGCUCACGAUUGUUUUUUGGUAAGCCAAAGUAGUUAAUAUUAAUAUGAGGGAAAAGGGUAUACCUCAACCCAGAAAAAACUGUACAAAAUGAGAAUUUAAAAGUUGUUACACUACACAUAACCUCCCCUACAGCUAGCAAAUAGGAGGAACGCUAACAGAGUAACAGAGCAACAUUGGGUGGUCUAGGGACUUAUCUGCACUCAGACAUAACACACACCUCAAAGACACAUCAAUCGGUAGUGCUCUCCUAAAAUUCAGGUUCUGUUUCGUAUGUAGCCUUCCCCAUAAUAAGUGCCACCCGAGCGCCUGAACAUUUGAUGGUGCUAUCCCCUGAAGAACUAGUAGUCAAGAAUUUAUUCUUUCAGUUUUAUCCAUUUUUGAAGAUUGCUUAUGUGAUCUCAAGUCAUGCCAUUGCUAAAGCCAUGAAAGUGAUCCAUGUCAUUGAUCUCAGUGCAUCAGAGGCUGCUCAGUGGAUUUACCUCAUGCAAAGGUUAAAACUAAAAGAUCAUCAAAAGAAGCCACUACUUCUGAAAAUUACAGGCAUUCAUGAGAAGAAGGAAGUCUUAGAGCAAAUGGCCAUUCACUUGGGGGUUGCAGCCCAAGAGUUGAAUCUCCAUCUCCAAUUCAAUGCUAUUGUGAGCUCUUUGGAGAAUCUUGACCUUGAAAGAUUUCCUGUAGAGAAAGGAGAACCUCUUGCUAUCAGCUCAGUGCUUCAGCUUCACUCUCUUCUGGCCACUGAUGAUUCAAUGGCCAACUGCAAAGGCAAACCUACAUACUGCAGGAACACCCCACUGGAAUCAAUGAAUCAGAGCACAUUAAAGGAGGUCCUUGGGGAAAAAAUGAUGAACCAGAGUCCUGAUUUAUCUCUGUUGUCAUUUCCUCUGUGCUUCUUCACCCAAGAUGGAAUGCUUUCUAAAUGGCCUGAGGAAGCUCCAACCUAGACUGGUGGUGAUUACUGAACAAGAGUCCAAUGUUAAUGGUUCUUCUUUGACAGAAAGGGUUGACAAAGCAUUGGAAUUUUAUGGGACAUUUUUCAAAUGCUUGGAAUCAACUGUUUUAGAAACAGUUGUGGAGAGAGUCAUGCUGGAGAGGACUUUAUUAGGGGAUGAAAUAAAGAACAUUGUUUCAUGUGAAGGGGUUGAGAGAAAAGAGAGCCAUGAGAAACUUGAGACUUGGAUCCCAAGGCUUGAAUUGACUGGAUGAUGCAGGCAAAAAAGGAAUUACAUGGCUAUGGAAAUGGAUAUAAGCUUCUUCAAGAAAAUAAAUGUUUGUUUGUGUGCUGGAAUGAUAAGUCACUCUUUUCUGUAUCAGCCUGGAAGGUAUAGAAGAUGAAUAUGUCUCAAUUAUAGGCAAGAAUAAUUUAUUAGUGCACAUUAAAAAGGGACACUAGGGUUCAUUUACUAUUUAGUUAUUUGCUUAAGCGUGUAAAUGUUCCAAACUCAUUUUAUUAUCAUGUAACCUUAGUUAUCAGAA